AUGGCCAAUCUGCGGCCAACUCUAAUCUGCGCAUUGGCAGUAGUCUUAUUAGUCAUCAAUGCAGCAGCUGAUGAUCACAAGCCUUACGUUUAUGCAUCUCCACCUCCACCACAUUACCGUCACAAAUCACCACCUCCAUACCACAAUAAGUCUCCUCCACCACCGCAUUACCGUUAUAAGUCCCCACCACUGCCAUCCCUAUACUACUAUAGAUCACCCCCACCACCACCACCAUCCCCACCACCACCUCCGUCACCACCUCCUCCUUACAUCUACAAAUCCCCACCUCCUCCAUUUCCAUCACCACCCCCUCCCUAUGUCUACCAAUCCCCACCUCCCCCAUCUCCAUCAACUCUUCCACCCUACAUCUAUAAAUCUCCACCACCUCCCUCACCGUCUCCUCCACCUCCUUACAUUUAUAAAUCACCACCACCACCAUCUCUAUCACCUCCUCCUCCAUAUGUCUACAAGUCACCACCUCCCCCAUCACCAUCACCUCCUCCUCCCUAUAUCUAUAAAUCUCCACUACCACCCUCACCGUCCCCUCCACCUCCUUAUAUUUACAAGUCACCUCCACCACCUUCUCCUUCACCUCCUCCUCCAUCUCCAUCACCCCCUCCUCCAUAUAUUUACAAAUCACCACCACCGCCAUCUCCAUCACCACCUUCACCCUAUGUCUACUAG